UGGCUUUCUGGGUGCAAAACCUUUUCGGGACCUUUGCGAAACGGGCCUCUGCAUGCAGAUCUCAAGAUAUAAAUUUUUGUAGAAGUUGCCCGGAGGCAUCCACACAAUAUUUUCUUUGCUCCGAACAUAUCGUCGGAAAGUUAUGUCAUGUAUUAAAGAUUUUCGAGAUUUAAUACAUAAUCAAACCAUAAUUGCUCUUAGCUUUUGUGAAUUCAGUUUGAUUGGCAGGUUCCAUUCUCGAAGGCUCUUCCGUGAUGUCCCUUCACCCCCUUACCUCUCCCCCUAAUCUUCCCCUACUCCACCCUUCUAAUUUAUUAUUUCUGAAGUACUAAGGCGGGGUGAGAGCCCGUGCUACCGACAGCUGACCAACAUGGCGUCUUGCACAGCAGCCAAAAGACGAGCAUCCCGCCAAAAAGCGGCAAACAAUGUGGUUCAAACUGCUCCAAUAUGCAAACUUCCUGCCAAUAUCAUGCUACAUGUGUUCAAAUUCCUUGAUGUGAAAACUCUCUGUUCUUCGUCCACUGUAUGCCGGCUGUGGUAUCACCUUGUUUGUGAUCGAACCCUGUGGAGAUUCGUCGACCUUCGUUCGUGGCCGCUUUCUUUACGGACAUUGUGGAAAAUUGUCAGGAAUCGAUUGUCAGAUUCAGUUCUGGAGCUGCUGAUAAAAGGAUUCAUUGGAACCACGAAAAAGAAUGAAAACAUUUCGCCAUCUUUGCUUGAAGAAAUCAAAACUAAAUGCCCUAGUUUGGAGACACUUGGCUUGUGUUAUUGUGAUAUGAGGAACGUUCCAGCUCAGUUUCUGCCUCGAAAUUUAAAAACUCUACUUCUCGAUCACUCGAUUGUUCCUCUGGGUUGGUUUGAGGGAUUAAAAUGUGAAGAGUUUUUUCCUAAUCUGUUGGAAUUGAAUCUAACAUAUUGCACUCGAGUGGAAAACUCUGAUCUUCUCAGUGUAAUGAAGCUAAAAACACUGGAACGUUUAAAUCUAAGUUACUGUUACCGUGUUGGAGAUGAGGGUGUUCAACAUAUUGCUAAUAACCUUAGCAACCUUAAAGAGCUUGAUCUUUCAAAUUGCUCCAAUAUUACUGAUCUUGGACUUCACCAUAUUGGUCGCCAUCUUACGGGCUUAAAGAACUUAAAUUUAUUGUCAAGUUGGAGAAUUACAGAUGCUGGAAUCCUUUCACUGGUACAUAGUCUCUCAGAACUGGAGUAUUUGAACCUAUCAUCCUGCAAAGAGGUGACAAGUGUUGGUCUUAAUGAAAUUACUGACAAAUGUAAGAAGCUGAGAAUUUUGGACAUCACUGGUUGCUGCGGCAUUGCCCAAAAAGAUGUGGAUGAAGCCAGAGUGAAUUUGCCGCAUUGUGACAUCCAGUGGUCUUGAAAGAAAAUCUCAAGAAGUGAGUGAAUAUUAAUACCCACAUAUCACAGCCCACGGCUUCACAGCUGUUCAUAUACCUCCAGCAAGUUCAAAAGAUAACCAAGGUGAGCCAAGGUGAAGAUUAUACUGAACUGUGUCUGGCAAAAGACAUUAACUUUUCAACCGAAUAGGCUUAUGUAUGUUUGGAGCUCUCACAGAGAUCACGUCCAUGUAAAUCUUCCUCCACGCAUGUUAUAAUUGAAGAAGCCUAGGUAGCAAAAUACUCAGAAAGAUUUUGCCUGAAAUGUUAUAUUUCAAGGGAAACAGAGCUAAAUUUCCAUGACCAAUAUGCUGCUUUUCAAAUUAAGUUUUGGAAAGGGCCAUUAAAACUAGGAUCUUAUGCAAAAAUGGUGUUUAAUCAUUGUACUUUGAGAAUUUAUAAUGAAUGCUGUAGAUAUUUAAUGGAAAACUUUUUUACAUUGUAGAUCUGAAGUCAUUACAUUGCAUAUUAUACUAGACAGUUUUAAUCUAGAAAUGUUGAAAUAAUGUGGGAAUUUGCAGAUCCGCGUAGACUUGGUGUUUGCAGAAUGUUCUUUAGGGUUACAUCAUUUGGUAUUUCUGAUUAUAUUGUUAUUCAAAGAAGAGUAAUUUGAAAUUCUCACAUACCACUGGUAGCCAUGUCAAGCUGACUGCCGCUGCCUGACCUUUAUUGCUAAAUCAAAGCUAAUACAAAUAGCAUUACGCUAAACACUGGAAAUAACAAAAAAAGUUCAAGGCUUGUGCAAUAUACUGGCACUGUAUAAAAACUUAAAAUCUGCAGGUGGGUGGGCAGGAAAGUCAGUAAUGGUGGGCGCAACAGAAACAACUGCCUGCCCUUCAGGUCAUGUUACCUAUACCCAGGCCCCAGUGGUGUGUGAGAAAAAAAUUUUCACUUAUUUCGUUUCACUCAGCAAGUGAAAAAUUACUCAUAUACACUGUAAUUCAAGUCCUUGCUCAUCUGUUAGAUUCUUUUGUUUCAACUCGUGUAGAAACUGCUCUUUAUUCUUAAACUAAAGUUAAUAAAUUUGUAACUACAAUUGGUGUGUUCUUGUUUUGUUCUUAAUUUCAGUUGGUUAGAUGUAUUAAUAAAUUAAUGAUGUCCGUGUUGACAGUGCGGGAUAACAAAAUCCAGAAAAGAUAUAGACGGACUGUCACUUAUCGAGUGGUAUUUAUUCAGACUGCUCAAUCAAUCAGUCAAGACUCUAUUGAUGUGUCAAAGUUUAGCUAGCCAGCUAGAAACAUACAAAACCCUGUCCUUAUCUUCCUAUGAUCACCUCCUUUAAUCACACUUUUUUGUCUUGAGAUUGUAUAUUUAUGUUAGGUUUUUAUAGGUAAUCAUACAAUUUCGAGUUCAAUGUGAAAUUAAUUUGCACAAGUGAGUUUUUCAAAAAGCGGAAAUUCCACGAGCCGCUUCAGUGAGUGCAAUUUUAGCUUUUUGAAAAACUCACAAGUGCAAAUUAAUUUCAAAUUGAAUGAGAAAAAUCGUAUGAUUACAUAUUAAUAAGAUAAAGUGACAUGAACAAAUUCAUGUGGAGGAAGUGCCAGAAGAUCUUUCUUGAAGCCAUUUUUUCUCAUUCAAGAAAACUUUUUUCAAAGUUUCUACACACAAUUUUCGUCAUCUUUUUACAUGAUAUCAUUGGCUUAGAAAAUUUCCUAUUGUUUUUAAGCCAAUCAUAAUC